AUAUGAUUAGUCAAUUCCAAUGACUAACCGAGACAAUCGUCGAUUAACUUAACCGGAAAUUGGUGAGAGUCGCUCUUACGAUAUAUAUAUAUAUACGCAAUUUUGUCAUGCUAUGCAUUUUCUGUGCGAUGGUGGCGAUGUGUAGUUCUGUUGCAAGAUGGCAACUUAACGGUUUGCUUUAUCGAACGCGCUCAUUAUUUCAAUGUGUUUCCAAGCAUUUCCGAGGGAGCGUCGCCAUUUGCACGCCAUCUGGCAUUCGCGACUAAGUGUUGAGUAUAUUGCGCGUAUUCAGAGUUUCCUUUCGUCAAAGACAAGAUUAUUAUCGUCGGUAUUGCGUCCAAGUGCGACGGAUCUUGCGGGCACGUCUUCGUCUUCAGUAGCUUUCAGUUUGAGAUUCGUUUCGUUUUGCAGGCGAUUCUCGCGAAUCUAACCUAGUUUAAUCUCAAUUUAAUCUCGAUUCUUGACUUGAUUCGGUUAGAAUCGACCAUUCUGCGGGAUAUUGAUUCAAUUUAAGAAUUGGAAAGAGAAACGAGCAGACGGAAGGAUUCUUUUCUACAUUUUGAGAUUUGAGAAGUUUUGUCAAGGAAGAGCAAUUUUCUUUUUAAUUUUAGAAUUUAUCGGUACCUACUGCAGUAUAGCAAAAACGCUAUUGUAGAUUUUUAUAUGCACACAAUAUGCUAUUCUAAUGAGAAAAUGUCUAUCGGGUAAUGGUGUGUUUUAUUAGAAUGAUUGUUUUAAAAUUGCGAUAUGCAAAGAAAGUAAUAGCGAAAACUGCAAAAUGGACAGUAGAGAUACUAUAGUCAGCUAUUUGGAUUCUUUGAUAAUUAUGGUAUUUUAUUCUGCUACUUCUAAAGAUUUUGUUAGAUGUCUUUAAAGCAAAAAAUACUGUAAAAGACGGACGAUAUAAGAUAUCAAAUUAAAACUUCUAUCACGUGCUAAAGAACAAGUAUAGAAGAUCCCAAAGAAAAAGAAAAAAUAAGAUGCCGAAUCCUGAGAUCAAACGUGAUCACAAUUACAGCGAAUUAAAGCCUCAACAUACCAACAGUAGUAAUGGUGGCAUUAUCAACAAGGCAUUCAAGACAGGAUCUGUCAUGGGUCAGAUUAAGGAUAUUGAUGAGUUGAAGAAGAUAACACCUCGCGUCCGUCUACAAGACACUGAGAGCUUGAAUGAAUUAACGAGGAUUUCAUCUUUAAAUAACAAUAGCGGCAAGUUACAACAGAAUAAUAUGUCUUUUCUUGAGAGAACGCAGCAAGAAUUAAGAAAAUAUUGCCGCACUUGUGCUGGCCUAAAAAUGCCUUUGGUAGACAUCUUUAGUGAAAAGGGCAUCAAAUUGCGAUUAAGCCAGCAAAUCAAGCAUCUUGAGGUAGAUCCUCAUGACAGUCUUUCUACACAAAUGUGCAUGGAUUGUAUUUGCGAUCUUAGAAUGAGUUAUAAAUUUUUUAUGCAAAUAAAAAAAGCCGAAAUAAAACUCAAAUCUAUCCAUGUAAAUCUCACAGCUGACAAUAGUGCAAAGAAAGUAGCAAAUGAUGAAUCUUUGAAAACAAAAGAAGAAAAACAAUUGUCUUAUUCAGAUAUAAAGCAUGGAUACCAAUUAUCUUCCACGAUUCAACAAAAUCUAUCUUUGUUAUCAACGAAACAAGAAAAUCAAACGACUCACGGAAAUCAGACAGACAACUCUGUUCCCAAAAUCUGUGCCAUCUUCUCGUUGAAAAACGAGUCAAAAAUAGGCUCUAGAAAAGAGACAGAAGCGAUAAAAAAAAAUGAGACUAAGAAAGAAGAGCAAAAGGUUAUAGUAGAAGAUGAGAAAGAGGAAGAAAUGGUGGAGGAGUUGGAGGAGAUAGAGGAAGGUGAGCAGAAUGAGAAGGAUGAGGAGGAUGAGGAGAUUGAAGAGCAAGAGAAGAUGGGCGGAGGGAUUUUCGAGGAAGUGGCAGAAGGAGAAGAUGAAGAAUCCAUUGAGGAAUUCGAUCCCGAAGAUCCUGCGCUUCUGGAAAAUGAAGAAGAAGAAAAGGAAGAAUCUUCGAGAUCUCCAACAACCAUUUACAAAUAUGAUAUGACAGCAAAGUCUUAUGUGAGGAUGGAAGAAAGUCAGGAAGGAUUUUUUUUUAAAUCUGGAACUUCCCAGAUUUCAGAGAGCGAAGGAGAAAAUCAAAAAGAAGGAAUGAGACAACCGAAUAUCUUGAAAAGAAAACUGGUAAUGCCAAUGACUAUGAUAAAAAAUGGAGAGGACGAUGUACAGAGUGGAAUAGGAGAGUACAAGAUGCAAAAGUUGGAUACAAACAAUUUUCUAAAUGUGAACAGUUCUUCAGAAGAGGAUGGAAUUAUGUAUGUGACUGUGAAGGGAUCCAAGCCAAACGAGAUUCUUUUAGUAAAGGUAAAGAAAAUGGAUAAACCAGUAGAAUCAAAGCGCGCUAUGACCUCCGCCGAUAUCAUGCCUGUUGAACGUUUCCUCAAACGUUAUGAGAUACUAACAUCAAAGGAUUUCUCUCGACGUCCUGACGACCGUGAGCAAAAAAUUGAGGAACAAAUCGAAGAAUACAAAAAAAAACGAGAAAAAGUUCUGGGAGGUCAAUCAGUAAUAAAGUAUGUCAGUAAUAAUUCCGUGAUUGAGAUGCAAAAAGAGAUGCAGGAAGAAGAAAUUUCCGCCAAAUCAAAUAUUGAAAAGGCGGAAGAAGAAAUUACAAUUUUGAAAGAAAAGGAUGAAAGAAGAGAGGAAGAAGAAGAAGAAAAAAUGGAGAAAGAUGAAAUUGAUGAAAAUCAAGAGAGGAUCAAUGACAAUACAGAAGAACAUCUUUCAAAGUUAUCAAGAUUGAAACUAAAGUGGGAAGAAGUGAAGCGGAAAAAGGAAAGUUUACAGAAGGAAUUGGACGAAUCGUAUAGCGAAGGAAAUUUGGAUAAAUUAGCAAAAGUCUUGGGGGAAAAGGAAGAGAAUCUGCGGGAAUUCCAAGGAUAUCUUAAACAGCGUAAAAUCGUUCUCACUCGCCUUAAGGACGAGGACAUAAUCUCUCUGUAUGAAGAUCGAUUUUCUACUACUUUGAAAUCAUCCUCUAAAUCCCUUCCGGAUCUUAUUGACACGCAACUUCCUAUUGAUAUUUCCGAAAAGUACUAUUUAGAAUGCGAUUACUGUUCUGAAACUUUUUCCAAUCGUGACGUUCUCGAGGAACACCUCAAGUCUCAUGAUUAUCGUAUUCUUCAUUGUUGUGAUGACUGCGGAGAAGAAUUUCAAACUAAUAAAGCAAAAAAAAAUCAUAGUGUGAUUUGUGUAAGGAAAUUAAUUUGUAAAUAUUGUAACGCUAUUCUGGAUUCCAGAGGAAAGAAACGUCAACACGAGCAGAAACAUGUUGACGCUCUUUAUGGUCAACUUUGUGAGGUUUGUGGGGAAAGAUUUAAACAUCAGGGAACUCUGGACCAGCACCUGAAGACGCAACAUACGAGUUUGGAAAAGAUUUAUCAGUGUCCAAAAUGUCCAAAAAAAUUUGCUUUUAAACAAAAAUUAAGUUUUCAUUUAAAGUCUGUUCAUACAACUUUAAGGGCGUACCUUUGCGAGGAUUGCGGUGCGGAUUUUAAGAAUCCCGCGAGUUUGAGACAUCAUAAAAUCAGAAAACAUCAGCCGGUUGGAAAUAAGAGGGAAUGUCAGGUUUGCCGAAAACUGGUACCAUUUUACAGUUUGUCGAAACACAUGCACACGCACAAAGCUUAUAGUAUCGAAUGUCCACAUUGCGACAAAAUGUUCAAAAACAGCUCGACCUUGAAACAACAUGUGAGAAUUCACGAAGAUCAAAGACAAUAUCGUUGCGACACCUGCGGUGUCGGGUUUAAUCGAAGGGAUGGUCUGAGGUUACAUAUGAGAGUGCACGAAAAGACUGGUAGUAGAGGUUUGAAAGAGUGUUCUUGUCAAGUUUGUGGGGAGAAGUUUCCGAAUCAUUCGACUUUGGUGAUCCAUAGGAACAGAAUGCAUAAAGAUGGGAGGCAAUAUACGUGUCACAUUUGUAACAGAUCAAUGAUUUCGACGAGAUCGCUCGAGUGGCAUAUGUCGCAUAUUCAUAACGAAUCGAUACCAGGUGUUAAUCGUGAUGAAUCUGAUCUGCCCGAGAAAAGGCGAGUUUCCUGCUAUCAUUGCAACAAGACUUUCAAGACGGAACUGAUUCUCCGCACACACAUAAAAAAUACGCACAUGGAGAAGGAUCCAUUGAAAUGUCCCGACUGUGAGGAUAUUUUUACAUCUGAAGUACGUCUACGUCAUCAUAUGAUGGUCGUGCACAAUCAUCUCGAGGGUACUUUGGCAUGUCCUCACUGUUCGAAGCGAUUCGUGAAUCAAUUAAGGCUAAAGACUCACAUGAUUUCUCAUUCUGAGGAAAGACCAUAUACCUGUGAGAUCUGUGGUUUUAAUUUAAAAACUAAGAUUCAAUUAAUCAAGCAUCAUCAAAACCGACACAGCGACGAGAGACCUCUGCAGUGCAGGUAUUGUCCUUGGCGAUGCAAGCAAGUGAGUGCCCUCGUUUGCCACGAGCGCACGCAUACCAACGAACGUCCAUAUUCAUGCAGCGUAUGUCGGCAACGCUUCAAAUAUCUCGGCGAUAAAAAUAAGCACGAACGUCGUCAUGAGAGCCUUGGUGGUUCAGGCUUCAAGCGUAUCGUACCUGGAAGGAAUAUCAAACCGAAAAUGCGCGCCGAGGACUCCUCCGGAUCGGAACAGGAACAAGGUUUGCUCAAGAACUCAACGAGUCAACACAAUAUCCAAAUUACCGAAGAGCGAUACGAAGAGCAACAGGAAGGACAAUAUGAUCAGAAAUUUCAAGAAGAACAAAUGGUCAAAUUCGAUCAAGAUCGGAUCGUUAAAUUUGAGGGUCAAGAGGUAUACGAUCAAGUAUACGAGCAGAAUUAUGAAGAAACUUCGAGAGAGGCAUCGGAAGCAACCGAAGUAAUUAUGAACAUGGAGGAUUCCAAUGUGUAUACGGAAGAGGUUACGGCCGAUAACAUAGAAUCUGGUACAGAGAUCAUGACGGACGAAAUGAUGACAAAUGAUAUUCUGCAAUCUGGCACUGCCGUGAUGCAUCUAAGGAAUGAUGAUUCGGGCAAGAUUCAAGUGAUACCAGUAAUGCUUUCCUUGCCCGAUCUGUCCGACGCAAAUGCCGAAGUUAAUCUCGAGACUGCGUCAAUCAUGUAUAAUAAUUAGAUUCGAUUUUCCUCAGGAUGAGAGAAAACAUGCGAAAUUUAAAAGUUGAAAAAUAUGAAGCAGAGACUAAA